CAUACAAAAAAAUAAUAUAAAGCAAUUGAAAAAAACUUGCAACAAUCGUUAAAAGCUAGAGUAUUAACUACAAAUUCCCCUUUUCAAAAUGGCGAAAGCUGGAAAUCCAUUCAAUAUCAUGCGCAACAUUUAUAACAAUGAGUUUCAGUGGAUGCUGGUGAAGAGCUUUGGCAUGUUUUUCCUUGGCGUGCGAAUUGCCAAGGAGUUUGUGGGCGUGGAGCUGAUGCCAUCUAUAAUGCCAGCAUAGUGAAAGUGAAACAAAAUUCGCCAUGUACAAAAAAUAGUGCAGUUAACUAAUUAUAAUUAAAAACCAAACAUAUUUACAAAAUGUAUAAACCUA